GUGGUGAACUGUUCCUUUAAGAGGUGCCUGGUUGACACAUGAAUAACUUCCAACUCGCCGACCUCAACUUCUGUUGGUCACAUUUCUGACCUAACUGGCAACAGAUGACAGGAGUUAAUGUUGACACUUUUACGUACUUUAACAGGACAGUACUUUUAAAUAACUUCAGGGAUUGCCGCAAACUCGUUUAAACUGUUGCAUAAAAACUCCUUAAACCUGUUGCAGUGUGCGGUGCGUCGUGAUGCCAGUCAGGAGGAGCAGCUCUGUCACUCUGACUUGCCUCCUGGUGUCUUUGUUCCUGGUCGGUCCGUGUCAGUCUGGCUGUCGGGACCCAGUUCUGUGUUGCACCGGCCGGGACCCGUCAUGCAUCAGCAGAGGGUGGAGGUCUGACCGGUCCUAUGGCACCUGCUACUGCGACCAAGCCUGCGUGUCCACCCUGGACUGCUGCCAUGACUACGAGACAGCCUGUCCAGCACUGUCCUGUGUGGUGAGUGAGUGGACGGAGUGGUCGGGCUGUGCCGAGCCCUGCAGGGCCACGGUUCGCAGGCGGAGCAGGACGAUCCUGCAGGAGCCGCUAAAUGCAGGAAAACCAUGCCCCCAUCUAGAGGAGCAUGCUGGCUGUGCAGAGUACUGGUCUCAACAAGGGAACUGUCACAACCCACCUGUCCCAGCACUCAUUAUCACGGGUGGCUAUGGCAACGCCAGGAAGAAAAGAGACAUCCCUGACAGCAACGACAUUAUAGGGUAUUGUGUCCAGUUCCAGUUGACAUCUCUUACAAAAGGGUGCCAGCAGAGUUCGGGCCCACACACACAGUGGAUGCAGCACCUGAGGGAGGGGCACCAUGUGUGUGUCGAGUGCCAGCCGCCUGCUCUUGCUUCAGGGCAGACACACUGUGCUGGAGACGGGGAGGAAAACGACGAGCUCAGAAGACAGUCUCUUCAGUGGCAGGCAGUGGGAAACCCUCGAUGCAGGGGUGUGUGGAGGCGUGUGGGGAGGCUGGAGGCCUGCUCCUGCCCAACAGCCCACAGCUUUCUCUUCAUCUAACCUCCUCCUUCCUUCUGUUAGUCUCUCUGCUGUACAUAUUUACUCAGACUUGUGUAUGAAGAACAAUCUGCCGGAUAAAUUAGAAACCAGCCAGAAUAAUAAACACUCCUUGCUAAACCUGUUCUAUUAAAGAUAUAAUAUGCAGGAUUUUUUACUAAAAUAAUCUAAAAGUAAUCCCUCUCAAUCACUUAUAACCCACUAGAAGUGUGUGGUGGUGUCUUUAUCUUCUGUAUUAUCUCUUUUCUCUCAUUUUGCUGCGUUCACGACAUAUUUGGGCAUCACGGUACAAUAAUAGUGAACACAGUGCAGAAAAAACACAAACAUGUCGAGGCAAAAUCCCAAGUGGACAAAGCUCAAUCCAAAACGAGAGUGAAUUUUCACUUUUGUUGAGCCGGGGCCAAGUUUGAAUGUUGUCUUUACAAACAGUAAGUGCAUAGUAUGGACAAUGCUAAGUUGUGUCUUGUAAGUUACAACCACCGUAUUUAAUCCUCUCCAAAUAAGUGCAAUGACAUGUAAACAUUUUAUUAAUAUAACUCAAUAAUUGUCAACCUUAAACUGCAAAAAAAGAUGGACAAUGUGAACAACAUGAUGGCUCCCCAAAAGUGAAGUCAAAACAUAUUGAUCGCCCCCUAGUGGCUGGCUGCAGUACUAGUCAUCUAGUUAGCCAAUAGAACAUGAGCCAAAUGAAAAAAAUCAAAGUACACAUCAAAUUAAAAAUAAAAAUGGUAUUAUUUCUGUCUUUUUAGGGAGUUAUUAUCAUGCUGAUGUAGUGUUCAUUUUUGUGCUUGAUUUCAAUUAGUUAAUUGAGCUGUAAAAAGAGAGCCUAACGUCAUUAGUGACUCGUGAUUGGCUGGGCAGUUGUAUGGGCGGGACCUCACGACUGAGGCUCCAGCAGCCAAUCACUACUGCCUAGACUCUGGCUCCAAAUGGGCAAGAUGGCAACUCCAGUGUCUGAAUUAUUUCAGCUUCACUUUUGUGCAGUAUGAAGAAGUGGAGAUGCUUUGUCCAUCUUUACAUACAGUAUAUGGCACCAAUAAAAAAUGUAUUUCUUAAUCAACAUAUAAUGAUUUAACUGUUCUUACUGCACAACACAAACACAAUGAUAAAAGUAAAGUAAAGUAAUAAAACACAUUCCUAUUGGUUUCCAUCAAAAAGGGCAAAUUAACAGUAAAAUGAAAGUCAGAAAUUCCGAAUCAAAAUGUAAAGUGAUCUGAUUUAUUUCAUUUUAGUCAUCCAAGGGAAAUGUUGCUUUUCUUAAGAAAUAGAAAUAUCUUGGGACAUUGAGACACUUUUUUUACAUGACAAGUACUGGCUCUGUGUGAAUCACAACCAGUCACAACGCCAAAGUUACAACAUGCACUGAACAAUAGAACAUUUCUACAGAAACAACAGCAUAGAAAUUCAACAGGUAAAAAUGUGUUUUUGUUUUUUUUUACAAAACAGACAGCCUCGGGACCUACAAACAACAUUGUAUAAGAGCUGGCUAAGGUCAUUCAAACAUCUUUUUUCAAUUCCCUGGAAACAGUGUACUUUACAAAGACUGAUGGCUUAGGCAAGGUUGGGGUCAAUUCCACUGAGAGCUGAAAACGUAGAAAAAAUAUAGUUUGUGUUUUUGAUUUUAACUAGGUUUUUAAUUUCAUGCUCUAAUACUGGUUUAUAGUUGUGUGAUGUGUGUUUUACUCUGUCAAGGCAUUCUGAAUCGACCCCAACCCUGUAAUACAGUGUUAGAUUCAGAGUAUGUGGGAUUGGGCUACUUGCUAAAGCAGUGGUUCUAACUGGGAUUUUUAGAAACUACCACAUGGCCUUGAAGAAGAUCCUAUGGGGUUUUGACAAAAAAUUAAAAAGAUUUAAACCUCUUUACAGUUAAAUUUAGUAGUAAGUGCGACAACCAAGUUCAAUUGUCGGUUUCAACUCAGUUCAGUAUAGUGGGGAGUCUUUUUUAUGGAAAAGUCUGAGAAUCUGUGCUCUUCUUCUUAGUUUGUAUCAAUAAAUGAGAAAUAAAACAAGUCACUUAAUUGUGUUUUUCUUCAUGAAGCAUGACAGUUUUUUUUUAAAUUUCUCUAUAGGAAUCUCAAUGAAAUCAAAGCUCUUUAGAUUAAUGUUUUGUAUAUUUGAAUGGCUCCCUUGAAAGUGGAGGGUAACAAAAAAAACAAAAACAAAGGAUGACUUUAAAAAAAUUAUUUUGUGUCAUGGUGAUGUCACAGUAUCACAGUCUAGGUAUGAAAUCACAACAUCAUGCUUGAUGUUUAUUUUGCACUAACUUGUCUAAAAGCUUAAUAGUAUCAAUACCAGUGUCAUAAUUUCAAUACUUGUGUCUGUAUGCAAAGGGUUGCGCAUUUGUGUAAUAUUUGCCCAUAAUAAA